AUGUUAAGGAAGGAUCCCUUCAAGUGUCAAGCUUGUACCCUGGAUAUGCUUGCAGUUUCAGUGGAUGGAAACCGCAAGCAUUACCGUUUCAAGAAUGCAGCAAGAUCGGAGGAACAGGCCCUAUUUCAGGACCUGUUCAUAGCCAAGGAUGAAGACCAAAGGCUGGCCAACAGACGGAUCACAUUUUUUUGCAUGGAUGUAACAUGCAAGUACUGGCCAUAUCUUGAGAAAGUAUCGAAAAACUGUCCUGAGCUCCAGCACCUGCUUCAAAUGAAGCCAUUCCUCUCCGUGUUCCAUGCCAAAGCCCAUGACUUCAAAUGUGAGGCUAAGUGGAGUGGAGCAUAUCAAGAUGGUGCUGGCUUGACUCUAGGGGAAGAAGUUGAGCAGUGCAAUGCAUUUCUCUCAAGGAUUGCUGUUACGACAAAACAUAUGUCAAAAGCUGGACGGACAGACAUGCUGACUCUUAUGGCCAUGCGCUGGAAUCAGCAAAAACUUGACAACUUGGCCACCUCACUAACCCGUCGAUAUCAGAAGGCCACAAAAGCUCUUCAAAAACAACAUCAGAACUUGGAGUCCUUAAAAAUUGAGCUUUUGGUGACUGACAGUCAACUUGAUGACUGGGUCCAUGAUAUUAAGGAGUGGGCAGAAGCAACAUCUAGCACAACUGAUCCGGACUCCUUGGCAGGCAGAAUUGAGGUUCUGGCUGCGAGCAUCAAAAGGCGAUCUCAGCGUCUUUAUAAAGACAUAGACGGAAACAAAGCUCGUGCCAAGGCUCGUCGCAAAAUAAGACAGGAGAAAAACGUCUUAGCAUUGGCUUUAGAAAACUACAAGACUGUUACAGGCACAGAAGCACUAUCUUUAGAAGAGAUCCUGUCCGGUGACACAACAUUGCCAUGGCAGCAAUCAGACAGUGGUAAAUAA